UUUACCCUUAAAUGCUAAAGUAUUACCUUAAGUUCUGCUAUGCGUUGCAACAAAGUCCUUAAGUCCAAUUUUCCCUUAAAAACUUAAGGGACUAUAACAGGUCCCUUAACGUCACACGCGAUGGCUGAUUGUAUGGUUAUUUAAGAAAAUGAAGUACCAACGCGCAUUUCUGACGAUCGAAAUAAUCCCUAGAGAAAAGUGAUGCGUAUUUAUUAGGAGAAUAGCGGUUUGAUCGUCCGUCAAUCUAAAGUGUUUCCAGUUUGAAUUACUUUGAGGUUUUAUACAUGCGGCACUUUACAGUCUGUUAUUUGCGAUGUUUCAUUGUACACAAAUCCACCGUCUGUUGAGCUGCGUGCGUUGAUUUGUUACCGCUGUGAGAUUUUGUAACUACAGCAACCGCGUCGCCGCUGCCGUGUUUUGGCAUAGACUGCCGUAAAAUACUUAGUAUAAACACUUAGGUAAGGGUGACAGUUAAGACCUUUGUUGCAACGCUCUUAAAUAAAUCCCUUACCUCAGGGAUUUUUUCUCCCUCAGGGAAACCCUCACUUAAGGAGUUUCAUGCAACCGGGCACAGAGUGGCACUGGCUGUUAAAGUCCUGUUCUGUUUGCCUGUCUGUUUCCUUUUGUUUUCCAGUCAUCUCCCUUUGGACUCCGUUUCCCAUAAUCCACCACUUUUCCUUACCUGAUUGCCAUUGCCAAUAAUCAUUACCUGCCAGCUAUCAUCAUCAUCCCAUCCUCCAGUGCUCCUUUAGGGGGGCGUGACGUACAAAGGAUAUUGUGGAUUUGGUAGCACACACAAAGAGGAAUUAAAGGAGUAUCUCCUGUAUUGAUCGUCAGCGUCAUCUAAGGAUGCGUUGGGGAGGAUAAGGAGAAGGAAAUAGUCGUGGACCGACGAACCUGUGAGUACGCAUUGCUACAGCUCUUGCAUGUUUGUAUAGGCGGUGUGUGCCGGCACGACUCGAUAAGGAACAGCAGUGUGGAUUACGGUUGCGGGGUGACACCUAUCUAGCCAUCCUUCGAGUCAGCCUUUCUGUCUGCCAUCCCGGGCCUACUCCCAGCCCCUGUGGCGGUGUGGCCUUAAGUCACUGUGAGUGUGUGGAUUGCUGUGGGUGAGUCUUGUCAUUGCUGUGUUUACACUUGAAGGUUUGAGUGCAGUGGUGUGUAAAUGUUGUCAGCACUCGCCCCUUAGGUCGAAGAGGAAGCUCUGGAUGAAAAAGAGUGAGCUGGUGCCGUUGGAUGACAGCUACCUUUAUACAUACCCAGACGGCGAGCUAUAAUCUAUCCUUCCAUCUGUUGGUGCUGUGAACUCUGUAAGAAGAGGAGGUUUACUGUGAGUACUGUGUGAAGUACUGAAGGCAUAGAAAUCAGAUUAACUACUGUGUGGAGAAGUGGAUGUGCUGUAUUGUGUGUGAUUACACGCUGUGAGUGUUUUAGAUGCCCGCCCCUGUCUAGAUCUCUGGUCACGUUCUGGGAGAGAGAAGAGGGAAGCGAAAGGCCAAUUUACAACAUACACCUUUGGUGUAGCGCUCCAUUCUGGAAUAUCACUACGAGGGAUCUUACCUGAGGCCGUGGUAGGCCCUACAUGCAGCAGCCUUCCUUGUACUUCCACUUAUUCCUUGGUGCAGCCCAGUGGUGAUGUAUUGACAUUUAAUUGCUCACUGAAGUAUUCCAUCGCUUAUAAAGCCCUGUGUGUGUUACUGCCGAUCCUUAGUAUCGAGCCAAGGGCUCUGUAUCGACGAGGGACUGUGUUACGACGUGUCAGGAGCCCCCAUCUAAGUGUGUCCACCAGGAAUCUGUCCCAAUAAGGAGGAUUCACUGUGUGUGUGUGUGAAUCUACGUCCUCUCUCACUGUUGAAGGUGUGGAACUUAAAGUUGUACCCCUGCUGUCUCCAGGUUGGUGAGUCACCUCCAUAAGGUUGAAGUUGCUUCUCCUCUACAUUUUCCCGAGCUUUCAACGCCACGAGCCCAGUGUGUCCACCCAACAUACCCUCCUGUACAUUAAAAGCCACGAGUUCAGUGUAGCUGCCCCUUUAUACCCACCUGAACAUUCAAUGCUACGAGCCCAGUGUAUCUGCCCAAUACACCCCCCCUGUACAUUAAAGGUUGUAAGCCAGUGUAUUGGCCCCUUUUACACUUACUUGUGUAUCCAAGUUACAAGCCCAGUGCAUUUACCCCUUGACACUUGCCUGUACAUCCAAGCUACAAGCCCAGUGUAUUUCCCCUUUAACACUUACCUGUACCUCCAAGCUACGAGCCCAGUGCAUUGCCCCUUUUCACUUACUUGUGUAUCCAAGUUACAAGCCCAGUGCAUUUACCCCUUGACACUUGCCUGUACAUCCAAGCUACGAGCCCAGUGUAUUGCCCCUUUUCACUUACCUGUACAUCCAAGCUACGAGCCCAGUGCAUUGCCCCUUUAUACUUACCUGUACCUCCAAGGUACGAGCCCAGUGCUUUGCCCCUUUACACUUACCUGUACCUCCAAGCUAAGAGCUCCGUGCAUGUGCCCCUUGAGACCCACCUGUACAUCCAAGCUACGAGCCCAGUGUAUUUGCCCCUUGCCAAGCCUCCACGCUACGAGUUCAGUGUACUUGCCUGGUUCCCGUGCUUUAUUGGUUGAAGCGGUGUACUCAGUGGAUGACUUUCUAUACUUACCUGUAGAAUUUUCUCGACGUCUGGAGAAGGAACGCUGGACCCCUUGCACUCUUCUUAACAGCCAAAUACUCACCUGUGUGUUUUUUGGGCCGUUCCAGGUCGACCCCCUGAGACCCCGCAGAUUCAUUGGACGCCUCAAUGUACGAUCGCAGGAUACGCAUCUGCUGGAUGAGAUAAACCCAGGUACUCGCUCUCCCUCCCAUACUUACCUUCAUACUUACCUGUGUGCAUCCCUUCCGUCCAGGGCCAGGAGUGGAGGAAUUGGACUGCAACGGCUGAGGAAAAAAAGAGGAGCUCGAUUAGGAAUACCCACUGCAAGCCACGGACGGACACGAACUGGAAAAAGAGCAGAGCGACUUGCCCUCCCUGUCCCGGUGAGAGUCUAGUCGACUCUGGAAACCCCGCUCUCCCUGGCCCGGAGAGUUAUAGUUUUACUGUCCCCUUUCCCCUGCCCUUUCUUCAUUUUAAAUAUUUAAUAAAGUUUGUUUUAAAUUGAUACUUACUCUCUCGUGUGUCUGGUCAUUGGGGUGCUCUUGGGACCUCC